CCAAUGGCGGGGCCAGCGUCCCUAGUUUGCCGCUGCUUGCUUGGGUGGCCCAGGCCGCAAGCGCAUCCUGGCCGGCCUUGGCCCUCUCCUAACCUAAUCAUCACCACCUAUCCAGCACCUAAAGGUUCCGCCAAAACCAUUCCAAUGCCUUGCUAUAGUCGCAUUCCCACUCAGCGUCAUCCUUCAUCUGUGCACUUGUGCAUCUGCGCCGACUGGCCGGGCGCUUGCGAAUAUAUAGCACUUAGCCGCUUCGACAACGACGACGACGACGACGACGACGACGACGAUGCGCUACAUGAAACCCUACGCCCCUUGCUCAAACAGCUGCCUUAAUGCCUCAUCCGACCUGCCUUCGCUCACUGUACCGUGUCGAUAACCACCAUUUAUCCAGCGCAGUCAUCUUUCUUUGCUUGCUGCAUGCGCUACGUGCCAUUGACUGCCAAGUUCGUCCGCCAUGUACUCAUCAUUCUGUAAUUCAAUCGAUCCCAGGGCUUAGCGCCGAUGUUAUG